UAAAACGGGUGGCGGAUGUGUAAUCACAACAGCAGGCUCGUCGACGGGUCUAUUUUGGACCGUGGGGUCGCAAAUCACAACAUUCCAGCUUCCAAAUUUUCUGUUUGAUCCUCCGCUUCCCGUUGCUGCUGCCGGCACCUUGGGUACGAUAUGGGUUCCGGCGUUGUGUCCAGCAAGGUGGAGGAAAGCAUACGUGGUAACAUCGCGUGGAAGGAUCUGAGUGCGGACGUGCGAAAGGCGCUGAACAACGAUGAGAACGACUAUCGGAAACAGAUUCGCCAGUACAGCCUUCACAAUCAGCUGCGAUUCCGGGGUAACAUCGUCUUCGGUGUGACGAGAAAUGAGAAGAAGUAUUACGAGCAGCUGGUGGAGGUGAACAUUCGGGCGUUGCACAUCUUUCCUUAUCACCUGGCGGACGUUAUCACCAAGGGGUUACGCGUAACACCAUUCAACUACUAUACAGAUAUGAUUGCAUUCCUUCUAACACACGAUAAGAACUAUGACGCACUGCCCAACUUUACGGCGGCCGACUGCCUGCGGGUGCUGGGCAUUGGCCGGAACGAGUAUUUAUCCAUUUCCAGUGACUUGAAGUCCAGCUCACCGCGUUCGUUUUUCCGCAAAAAUCCGUACCACUUUCUGCCAAAAUUCCCUCGUACCGUCCCGAUGCACCCGUGGUGGAUCGUCGAAAUAGGUCACAUACUGGAGAAGGAUGUGGAGAGCUUGGGCAGCGAUGAGAUCGCGAUGAUUGAUCAGCUGAUCGACUGUGGACCACAAACGGCCGGUACGCUUAACCUUGAGACGGUGCAGAAGCUCUAUCGGCGGGGGCUCAUCUACCUGGACGUACCGAUCAGUGGCGAGGAUCGUAUUAACAUUCCUCCGUUGCGCAACUUUGUCAUGAACCGGGUAGCAGGGGAUUAUUUCGAGAACCUCCUCUACAAUGUGUUCGUCACAACCGACGAACAAUGCACGAUCGCGGAGCUUUCACAGAUCCUCCAAGUGCAGAUGGAUAUGGUGAAGCGUGCCACGGCAUUGUUCUGCCGCUUGGGUUUCGCCAAGAUAGUGAAUGCCUUCUCUGAGUACAAGCUGGACAGUAGCUGGCUUCAACCGCAGCAACAGCAGCCGGACGGUGCGGAGGAUCCGGCCGCGUACAAUUAUCACGCCCUGCUCCUGUCGGAGGUUCCGCUCGAGGUGAAACCGUCGCCCGAUGGUAGCAUUUCGCCGACCGGUCCACCGGUUUUCUUUUCUCCGUCCGAUCCGAGCAGCCCAACGUCACCGUGCGCCGGAGAGUCUGGGGCAGCAGGUGCAGGAACACUUACACGCGGGAAACGUAUUGGUUUUCUUUUCGAUUCCACACUAACUGCCUUCCUGAUGAUGGGCAAUCUAUCGCCCGGACUGAAAACGCAUGCCAUUACGCUGUUCGAGGUGGGCAAGCUAUGCGAUGAGGGCAUGUCCGAUUUGUUGGAGGAGCUUGAGAAGGUGUCGAUGCUGGAUGCCGAAACGGAAGGGGAUGUUAGCCGGUACUUUAAUCAUGCGGUACUGCUCCGGUCUACGAUCGUGGCGCUAAAGAGCUCGCUCAAGAUCGAGCUUGAUCUGUUGCGGCUCGAGAGCAUCGAGGGGCUGGAUGUGCAGACGCGCAACCGAUUGCUGGAGCGCAAGUAUCGGUAUCUCAUCUCGGCCGCACCACUUUCCAGUGCACUAUCGAGCCAAUUUACGAUUCCGUUCUUCGGGCAGUUCUACCAAAGCUCGCCCGAGUCCCACAUCUGGUCGAAGCUCUUCUACUACCACAUGGGUGGCUAUGGGCCACCUUCGUUGUUUCUGAAGAAAGGUACGGUGCUGAAGACGUUACCUCGAAUUUUCCUUGGCUAUGGAAAGCUGCUUAUCACCAUCGUGAACACUGAUUCGUACGUGCUGAACUCGGAAAAGUUCUACACCUUGAACGAGCACCUGAAAAACGAAUGCUUACUGAUUCAGGGCUACGGACGCAACGAACCGGCCCAGGUGCACUACGAACCGUUCCCAUUCGACAGCAGCAACGAUGAAUCGAACCGCUGGAGCCAGCAUAGUGUUUUUAACGGGUUAGCGCAGGUCAUUGAUAUGGAGCGUACGUUUGGUUACGUUACGUUCAUCAACACGGGUGUCCCGGAUUAUGGAUGUGAAGAUAGAAACCCAUCGGUAGUGCUUAAACGAACUCGAAAGGGAGGAAAUAGUGCUGCCAAACAUGUACGCCAACCUAGCGUAACUGAGGAAAGUGGCAACACAGCUCAAGGAGGAUCCGCAGAUCCUUCAUCAGCCAUCGAUGGAACAAACGGAGUGCACCAUGAGGCGGAAACAACUGAGAAACAGUCUGCGUCACUGAUCGUUGAAUCAGAUUCCGAUACAGAAAUAUCGCGGAAAAACUCGCUACAGAGUGCACCAGAGGAGUGGACCAUACUGGACGUUAAUUUCGGCAUUCCACUGUUCGACGUCGAUUGUAACACCAAAAUAUGCCAAAAUAUUGUGAAGCGACUGUGCAUUGAGGAAAACAUAUCAACACUGAUGGAAGUCAAUCAAGCUAUGGAACGCAAAUACCUGAAAUUCAUCUCCCAAUGUUUGUUUUUCGAGGACGAAAACAUGGAACUAAUUAAGGCAGGGAAGUACGUGCCAAAGCUACGCAUCAAUCUUGCUUACAAACAUGGAAAAAUCCAAAGCUGGGAUGGAUAGAUAGGCCAAAGCGCGACAACGGUUCGUGCCGCGUGUGUUCGCGUCUCCACUGGCCAAAACGUCCUGCCUUCCCAACCCCGCCUGGUUCCAUCCAUUACACCAUCCAUCGCACCGGUACCGUUUCCAGUGAUUAUUGUUUAAUGUUUUUAUUUUGCGUUGCCUUUAAUAAAGCGAUAUAAUCGACGACGGUUGGCUGCAAAGCUAGUCAGCCAUAUAUA